AUGUCUACGAUGACACCGUCACCGCCACAGAGCAUACAUUCAGACGAGGAUUCAAAUGAUUCCUUAUCGUCGGAAUUCUCUUCGGAAAUCGCGCCCAAAAACAGUGCUCUAACAUUGGAACAAAUGACUCAGAACCACUUCUAUAAAGUUAGUGCACUUACAUCACACGGAGUUGAGGACAUACUUGCGGACGGCUCUGGUUAUAAUGUUCACGACGGUACAUUUCAAGUUUGUAAAACCGAAGGCAUAUCUUCUAUCCCAAAUUCAUUUGUACACGAUUAUAAUUCUCGAGACUCUACCGCCUUUACCAUACACGAUAUUCUAGGGCUACAACAGUCAUACAGUUCUAAUGCUCAAGAUGAUAAUAUACAAAGAUAUGAAUAUCAAAUACCUCAAUAUGACAAUAUCAGUAACAGUUCGAACAACAAUUAUGCAUCAGGUGCAGAAGAAGUUAUAUCAGACGAUUGUGGAAACAAAAAUGAAAAUAUUUAUUCAGGUCAUUCACAGAUGGAAGAUCAAAUAAUAUACACCAGAAAUUACUCAAAUGAGAACAUUCCAUGCCAACAUAGAGACGAAUUAGGUAAUGAUAUUAUAAAAGAUGCUGAUGUUGAAACCAAUGAGCUGAACGAGUCGAGUUUUUCCAACCAGAAUACCACAUGGUGUGAUAAAGUUGUACUCAAUAAUCCUACCGUAGCAUCUGCCAUAUCUAACGAUAUGUCUUCUGACGCAUCGUAUCAAAAAGGAUUUACGAAAAGAGCUAGAACUGCGUAUACAAGUUCUCAAUUAGUUGAGCUAGAAAAUGAGUUUCAUCAAAAUCGUUAUCUGUGCCGACCACGUCGAAUAGAAUUGGCAAAUUAUUUGCAGUUAUCGGAGCGACAAAUCAAAAUAUGGUUCCAAAACAGGAGAAUGAAGUACAAAAAAGACAACAAACAUAACAAACCUUCGUCGUCCAUGGACGACAAUAGCCCUUCAACGAGUUCCAAAGAAUUAUCUCCGAGUCAAGACCAUAAGUUAAGCCAUGGGAGAAGUUGUGGAGGACAUGAUAGACAUAGACGCUUAUUGUCAGACGGUCAUACGAGUCACCAUAAAAUCUAUCUAUCACCUAAUGAAACAACAUCGAGACCUCCUGACUAUUCAUCACAGAAUGCAUUAAAAACUGUUAUAAAAAGUCCUCAAAGCACGUUGGAUUUGCCAUCUUAUACGCCAAACUUAACUUAUUCCACAUAUUACGCAGCGGGCACUGGCAGAGCCGCUUACUCACCGAUGGCCGAAGUUUAUCGUUACAAUGGCGAUGAAUCAUUACAGCCAAAUCCUAGCUCUCUAUCUACGUUGCCACCGGACAGUUACGUGCCUAACGGAGUCAACUUAAAAUUGAGUGAUGAUAUGAUGCGUUAUCCUACAAGUGCAUCAUACUACAAUUCCUUAUCCACGGGGGUUGUGAUGCCGCCUUCUUCUUCAGACGUAUAUGGAUAUUCGUCCAGUAUAUCUACAUUACCAACUCCCUAUGAAGAUAAUUUGCUCAAUAGAUCAUCUAACAUAUCAUUGAAUCAAGAUGCUUACUUCUCAUAUAUACCAACUUCGGAUACAUCUAGUCAAAAUACUACCGCUGGUGUAAAUAAAUUCUCUUCAUCAUACAUAUCGUUGUAA